AGAGCGAGCUUCCAUCCCCUGGUUCACUCCGCACAUGGCCCCAGUGGCCAAGGCCGGGCCAGCCAGGAGCCAGGAAUGUAACACAAGUCUCCCACGUGGGUGCAGGGCUCCACCAAGCAUUUAUUUGGGUCACCCUCCACUGCUUUCCCAGGCGCAUUAGCAAGGAGCUGAAUUGAAAGCGGAGCAGAGCUUGAACCUGCGCUCUGAUACUCGCUGGUGCUGUCACAGGUGACUGCUUAACUCACUGCACCACCACGCCAGCUCCUGGAUGGGAAUCCUGGUUUCCGUCUCUGCCACUCCUUGCCCAUGGGAACAGACUGUCUCAGCGUUACCUGAGCUUCGUGUGCACCGUAGGAAUCCCUGCUUUAAAGGAUUGCAUAGUAAAUAGUGAGGUCAUAUAUGUGUAGCUGUUAAUCAGAUGCCUGGGAGGGAGGUAGUGUUCAACAACUGUUAGAUAUGUAUUGUUCCAGAUCUGGGGGCCAGCGUUGUGGCAUAAAGGGUUCAGCCAUUUGUGGAGUAAACCAGUAAGUGGAAGAUUGAGCUCUCUCUCUCUCCAACUCUGCAUUUCAAAUAAAUAAAAUAAAUCUUUAAAAAAAAGAAAUUCCAGAUCUGAAGUUAGACAGCUGUGACAGGUAAGCAGUCCAGACCCUGCAAGUUGUGCUCCGGAGAGCUUGUAAUGCCCAUCUUGCGUCUGAGGAAGAAAUGGACUUUUAUAGAACUUGGAAGCACCUUGGUUUGCUUGCAGGGCAGCACGAGAGGACUAGGGUGAGAUUUAUGGUGUGAUGCACAUUUUCUGGCCUCGUUCUUAGCACUCAUGCCUGUACUGUCACCAAUGUCGUCGUUUUCUUUCGUAGAUAAGUUGAGUAAGAAACAGAGGAGUGUGGAAGUUUUUAGAAACUGAAACCACAUUGAUCAGUGUUUUGAGUCUGAAAAAAGACCUGGUAUGUUUUGUCUGUUCACGACAUCAAUCGUAGAUUCCAGUUUCAUAGAUACUAAAAUGUGAAAAAUAUUUUUAAACAUCUUAAAAUCAACGAAAUGCAGAAUUUCCAAGAUGUGACCUCAGCAGCUAUAUCACAUAAUUUUAAGUGUGAUCUACCAUGGCUUAUCUCAGAAAGAGGAAGAAGAAUCGGAUGUUCAGCACCUGGGAGCCCAGCGGGCUGAGGCCUUCGUGAAGGCCUUCCUGAAGCGGAGCACGCCCCACAUGAGCCAGGAGGCCCGAGAGAACCAGCUGCACCGCAAAGCUGUGGUCCUGGAGUACUUCACCCGCCGAAAACCAAAGGAGAAGAAGAAGAAGCCCAAAGGCCUGUCUGCCAGGCAGAGGAGGGAUCUGCGGCUCUUUGACAUCAAACCCGAGCAGCAGAGGUACAGUCUUUUUCUCCCUCUACACGAGCUCUGGAAACAGUACAUCCGGGACCUGUGCAAUGGUCUUAAGCCAGACACGCAGCCCCAGAUGAUUCAAGCCAAGCUGUUAAAGGCAGAUCUUCAUGGAGCUAUUAUUUCAGUCACAAAAUCCAAAUGCCCCUCGUAUGUGGGUGUCACAGGAAUCCUUCUACAGGAAACAAAGCACGUUUUCAAAAUUAUCACCAAAGAAGAUCGCCUGAAAGUGAUCCCCAAGCUAAACUGUGUGUUCACUGUGGAAAUAGAUGGCUUUAUUUCCUACAUUUAUGGCAGCAAGUUCCAGCUGCGAUCAAGUGAACGGUCUGCAAAGAAGUUCAAGGCAAAGGGGACCAUUGACCUGUGAACCCUUUGCUACCCAAGGCAGUUGUUUAUGACGGCUGGAGUUGGAAAACACCCAAAUAUUCUGGUUCUUGACCUCCAGCCAGUGCAAAUCUGAGUUAAGGACAUUUAAUUAAAGAGCAAGGGACGCCGCACAAGGUACGGAGGGAAGAGGGCAGGGAACAGAAGAACUGAUGUUUCCAGGUGGUCUCAAUUCUGCGUUACCUGUGGUGAGAGAAGACUGGUUGACUGGAAGUGUGGGAUUAUUCAGGUCUGUCUUUCUCACUCUUCCCUGUGUUUUCCAAAGACUCAAUUGUUCAUAUCAUAAUGAAGGUCACGUGUUGCCAUAAACAGGCUGUAAGUGGA